AAACUCAGUUCAUUCAAGAAAAUCCUCACAAAGUCGCUGUCUUCUCAAUUCCCUUUCUUCGACCCGCAAAAAUCCCCACAAAAACCGUUGUCGUACCAACAAUAUGUCAACGAUACAGCGAAUCUGCAUUUUUCUCUCCCUCUUUCUCGCCACCCCACCACCCUUUCUGGCCACCGCAGACGGCGGCAGAACCACUCCUCUGACGGCCUACGAUAUUCUACAAUCGUACGACUUCCCGGUUGGCAUCCUUCCAGAGGGCGUGACCCACUAUGAAAUCAACGGAGCCACCGGAAAGUUCAGCGCGUAUUUCGAUGGUUCGUGCAGUUUCUCCUUGGAAGGUUCUUAUCAAUUGAAGUACAAGUCGAAAAUCAGUGGGUACAUCUCCAAAGACAAGUUGACCAAACUUUCUGGAGUCAGCGUCAAAGUACUUUUCCUUUGGCUUAACAUUGACGAGGUCAAGAGAAAUGGGGAUAAACUUGACUUCUCUGUGGGAAUUUUAUCUGCUGAAUUUGGGAUAAAUAAUUUCUAUGAAAGCCCCCGAUGCGGGUGUGGAUUUAAUUGCAAAAGUAUUUCUGAGAAUCGCCAAAGAGGGGGUAUUAGGAGUAAUCCCUUCGUAUCUUCAAUCUAACAGAGGUCAGUUUGUUUCGGGGUUUUUCAGGAUGUUAACUUUUUCAUCCAUCCGUUAAAUUUGGAAUUACGUAUGCUCUUGAAUUUAAUGUUGAAUUCUGUACGUGUUCAUAAUUUUAAUAAUACUGGAUUUUUCUUUGGUAUCUCUGUUGUUUAAUGCUCAUGUUUAUAAUAUAUGUCGAAUAUUAUGGUUUCUGGAAUACAGUAUUAUCUUUCUUAUGCCCAGAUUGUGGACACAAGGAAUAAAGUGUUUGAUAUCAUUAAA